CCGCCAAUAUGUCCUUUGAUUAAGGAGGACCAAAGUAGGUAGGUAUAGACAUAAUUAGGGAGGAUUUCCUUUCUUCUCUCUCUUAUCCACUGCCUCCAUAAGUACUACUUCCCCUUCUUUCAUUUUUUCCAACCCCUCCAUAAGUCCCAACUCCCACACUAGGAGUACUCUUCUCUAUCAACAAUGAUGAUCCCUUUUAUUGUUGGUCUUAUUUUGGUGGAGUCAUAUUGUCUUAUUGUUGAAGGAAGAAUCCCUGGUGUUUACUCUGGUGGUUCAUGGGAAACUGCUCAUGCUACAUUUUAUGGUGGGAGUGAUGCUUCUGGAACUAUGGGUGGUGCGUGUGGUUACGGGAAUUUGUAUAGUCAAGGGUACGGAGUGAAUACAGCAGCAUUGAGUUCUGCUUUGUUUAACAACGGAUUAAGUUGUGGAGCUUGCUUUGAGCUAAAAUGUACAAACGAUCCUCAUUGGAAGUGGUGUCUCCCAGGAAGCCCUUCCAUUUUAAUUACAGCUACCAAUUUCUGCCCACCAAACUAUGCCUUGCCAAAUGACAAUGGUGGCUGGUGCAACCCUCCUCGCUCUCACUUUGAUCUUGCCAUGCCUAUGUUUCUCAAGCUUGCCCAGUACCGUGCUGGCAUUGUUCCAGUUACUUAUCGCAGGAUACCAUGCCACAAACAAGGAGGAAUCAGGUUCACAAUCAAUGGAUUCCGUUACUUCAAUUUGAUUUUAAUCACGAAUGUAGCAGGUGCAGGAGACAUUAUUAAGGUUUGGGUAAAAGGAUCAAAGACUAACUGGAUUCCCUUGAGCCGCAACUGGGGUCAAAAUUGGCAAUCAAAUGCCGUCUUGACUGGUCAAUCACUCUCUUUCAGGGUCAAAGCCAGUGACCAUCGCUCUUCUACUUCAUGGAAUAUUGUUCCUUCUCCUUGGCAAUUUGGCCAAACUUUCACUGGAAAGAAUUUCAAAAUCUAACACCCUACCCCCCAUCCAAAGCAAAGAUUUUCCCCCUUUUAAAAUUUUUUAUUAAUCUAAGAUAUUUUUCCUCUUGAAAAAAAAAUUAACCAGGGGGAAGAAUAGUGUUACAUUUAAAUGGUAUUGUUGUUUGUGGGCUAGCAUAUUUCUGAGUGUGUGCAACUUUUUUGACUGUCUUGAAAUAGGAAUAGGAAUAGUAAUAGUAUGAUUAAAUAGAAAAAGCAAAAGGUUAUCUAUAAUACAGCUUGAAGUGGCUGCAAAAUCAUGUAAGCCCGCAGCAGGUUUUUUUUUGACUUUUACUGUAUACGUAACAAAGUUUUAUAAAAGCAGUGUUCUUCUGCUGAA